AUGCCUAGGACUCAUGCUAAUGAUGCGAGCUCUAGCAAUGAGAAUACGGAGGCUCUCUGUGAAUUCUUCAAGACCUUAGGGGCCAUGACCCAAAUGAUGAAGGACAAUAUGUCGGCCCCAGCAACCCCCACCCCAAAUCAGACUGAUAGUGGGCCAAUUGAAAGAUUUAGGAGGCUAGCACCUCCGACGUUCUUGUAUUUCCUUGACUCAGCGCGGGAGAGGAAGGAAGUAGAGUUUAUUGAGCUGCAACAAGGGAAACUAUCAGUGGAUCAAUAUGCGGCCAAAUUUGUUGAGCUAUCAAGGUAUGCGCCACACAUCAUUAAAACGGAGGCGCGAAAGGUGAAUAAGUUUGAGAGAGGCCUCAGGCCAGAUAUAAGGGGAAGGGUGAUAUCAGCAAACCUCAAAACCUUCUCCCCUUUAGUGGAACUUUCCAUGAAAAUUGAGGGGGAUUGUGAAGACUCCCGGUUAAGAAAGGAAGGGAGAAUCGGGCCAGCCCAAUUUGGGAACCUUGGGGGGAAGACUCGACCACCUCCAAGGAAGAGUUUCAGGGGAAGGAAUAAUCAAGGAAAUAGGAAGAUUCAGAAGAUCUUCUUGGGCGACAUAAGGGAUAAUCGGUGUCCGGCCUGCCCUCAUUAUGGGUUGAGCAACCAUACGGCGACUAAGUGCUACAGGAAGACGAAGUCAUGUUUCAAAUGUGGCAAGCCUGGCCACCUAGUCAAAGACUGCACGGUUAAGGGAUCGGAGAACCUACCGAAGACUCAACGUCGGGAAUUUUCUCUUAUGGAACAAGAAGUCAAGGCAUCUGCCUCUGUUAUCCGUGGAUGUGUUCUACUUAUAGACUUGAUACUAUUAGACAUUCGAGAUUUUGAUGUUAUUUUGGGCAUGGAUUGGUUGUUCGCACAUCUUGCUACAUCUGAGUUGAACUUUGUUGGCAUUAAGGAUGUUUCUCCUCUACACAUUAUCUCUGCCCUUCAAGCUUCUCGCCUUCUGGCCAAAAAGUGCGUUGGGUACUUGGCCUAUGUAGUAGAGAAUCAGGUCCAGUCCAAGUUAGAGGAGAUACCAGUGGUCACUGUAAAGAACAAGUACCCCUUGCCUAGAAUUGAUAACCUUUUUUACCAACUUCAAGGGGCCCAAGUAUUUUCUAAGAUUGAUCUUCGAUCAGGCUAUCAUCAACUGCGGGUCAAGGAAGAGGAUGUCCUUAAGAUAACAUUUAGGACCCGAUAUGGCCACUAUGAGUUCUUGGUGAUGCCAUUUGGGUUGACCAAUGCCCCGGCUGUCUUUAUGGACCUGAUGAAUAGAGUUUUUAGAACCUUUCUGGAUGAUUUUGUGGUGGUCUCUAUAGACGAUAUUCUGGUAUAUGUGCAUGUAGAUGGGAAUGCAAGGGCACUGAUCUACUUACUGGGCUUUUAG